UCUGGGUCGCGCUUAGGCUGCCGGGAAGGGGCGGAGCGCGGCCGCGCCGGCGCGUCGAGCCAGAAGCAGCCGCCGGGAUGGACGUGUUUCUCAUGAUCCGGCGCCACAAGACCACCAUCUUUACGGACGCCAAGGAGUCGAGCACGGUGUUCGAACUGAAGCGCAUCGUCGAGGGCAUCCUCAAGCGGCCGCCAGAGGAGCAGCGGCUGUACAAGGACGACCAGCUCCUUGAUGAUGGAAAAACUCUGGGCGAAUGUGGCUUCACCAGUCAGACAGCAAGGCCACAGGCCCCAGCCACAGUGGGCCUGGCCUUUCGAGCAGAUGACACCUUUGAAGCGCUGCGUAUUGAACCCUUCUCCAGCCCUCCGGAGCUUCCAGAUGUGAUGAAGCCACAGGAUUCUGGAGGCAGUGCCAAUGAACAAGCUGUGCAGUGAGGGCCCCAGGCCUACCCCCUAGAAACCCAUUCCCCCAAUAAAAAAAGAUUUGGCUCUCUAC